UGUGUUCGCAGUGCAAGCGUUCAAGUUUGACGGUAUUUUUUGAGUCAGUGAAGAUUAAAUUCAACAUCAUAGAUCAUCGCAAUUUCGGACUUAAGCGAUGUGGCUGAAGAAUAUUGAAAACAAAGCUUGCCUUCGAUUGUGAACAUACUCAAACUUAAGAGCCGCGUGAAAUUUAAAUUUAACAAAAAUGUUUAAAUACUUUAAAUAUUUAUUAUGCGCCCAAAUUGUACUUUGUCAAAUAAAUUCUGCGUUUCUGUCAAAUGCUGACUGGCUAUGUGAGGAUAAAGCGAAUACGAGCAUACCAGCGUCCAAAGUAUGUGACGGUUUCGUCCAUUGCAGUAAUGGACGAGAUGAGAAUUCAAGGAUAUGUUUGACGAAGCUUUGUAAUGAGCAGCAAUAUCGCUGUGCUUACGGAGCUUGUAUAAGUGCCGAACUCAAGUGUAAUAAGCAUAUUGAUUGCUUCGAUCGGUCUGAUGAGACGGAUUUUCUCUGUGAUCCUAUUGAAGAGGUAUUCGCAAAGAUUCAAAGAACGUGUUCAGAGGAAGAGUUCCAAUGCGACACGGGCGAGUGUAUUGAUGAAUUGGACAUGUGUAACGGUUCCGCAGAUUGCCAAGACGCAUCAGAUGAAACUGUAAAUACAUGCGCUCAUUUUGAUUGUUCAGAUGCUUCAUUUCGUUGUGCCUAUGGCGCAUGCAUUAGUUUAGAAAACGUCGCUAAUCAAGUUUGGGACUGCGUCGAUGGAUCCGAUGAACCAGCCGUGGUUUUGGUAAUCACUGAUAGCGUAAAAGAGGUGGAGAAAGUGAAAUAUGAAGCAAAACCUGAUACAAUGUACUGUAAUAUACCGUAUGAUAAGCCUAACUUGCUAAUUAGUUUAAAUAAAACCGGAAAAAUGGAUACGAAUUUGACGUCCUUCAAUAAGGUAUUGCAAAAUGAUACAUUGCAUUUCGAAUGCUUACCUGGCUUUGUAUUGGUUGGAGUCAGUGAUUUGAAAUGUGUGGAUAACGGAUGGUAUCGCCAGUGGCCGAAUUGCGAAAGAACGGCGCGAUUGUCGUGUAAGGCAAGCGAAGUCGCUUGCGACAGCGGUGAUUGCAUUGACUUAGCAGUGAUCUGCAACGGUGUCAAAGAUUGUGUAGAUGGAUCAGAUGAGAAACUGCCGAAAUGUGUGAAUCGAACAUGUACGGAAAAUGAGUAUAAAUGCAAAUAUGGCGCCUGUAUUCCCAUAGAAAAACGUUGUGAUAGAAAUAAAGACUGCGCGGACGGUUCGGACGAAACACUUUUGUUGUGCACCGACAAUUAUGAUAAAUACACUAAUAUACUCCAAGGCAAUUGUGAAUCGGAUGAAUUGGCGCAAUGCCAUUCGCAGGAAUGCAUUUUUAUCGAAGAUCUGUGUAAUGGCAUAAUAGACUGCAGUGAUGGUUCGGACGAGACCGUUGAAAUGUGUGCACAUAUGGUAUGUCCCGAUGUAUCUUAUAAUUGUGCUUAUGGUGGCUGUGUGCCCUACAUCGUGAUCUGCAACGGCGAAGCAGACUGCGCCGACGGUUCGGAUGAGUAUGCUGAGUUGUGUGCUCCCAUAAUAGAGGAGAAGGAGAAAUAUGAAGCAUUGCAUAAUUUCGACGAUAGUUAUGCAGUCAAUGUAGAAAAAUUCGAUUUGAUUAAAGAGAAGGAAAUUUUAGUGCAACAAAUACUUUUGGGGCAAACUUCAAAUUCAAUAAAUACCCAGGAGAAUACAGCUAACACGUCCAAUAUUACGGCUGCUGUCAUCGAUAUAAAACCAAUAACACCAAUAGUUCCUGUAGAUGCGAAAAUUCCACUACCAAAUCGACGCUGCGCCAUACCAGCUAAUCGAGUAGCUUUACGUGCAGCUAAUGAAGCAAAGAAUGUAACGCUGAAAGUAGGCAGUCAAGUUGACCUAAACACCAUUGUCACAUUCAGCUGUGACGAAGACUGGUACUUGGUCGAUGGAGACACUAUGGCGCUAUGCAUGCCUACAGGUCAAUGGUCCUCGGCUGUUCCAAAAUGCGAAAAACGUUGCCCACCGCACUGGAUUGGAAUAUCUACCGAUACUAUAUGUGCGUACAAAAACAAAACAGCCGACUGUCAGGUAUACAGCAAGCCUGAUACAUCUGCCGUUGUAACAUGUGCUAAGGGUUAUAAACCGAUCUCUACAAGACAAGAAUUGCGCUGUGGUAUUGACGGAGAAUGGGAUAAGACGAAAUUAAUAUGUCAGCCGCAGUGUGUAAUACAAUCCAAGGAAAAACCUUUGAAUGAAGAGGUGGCCGUAAACAUUUACAGAAUAAGUAGAGACAAAUUAAACCAACAACACCUCCAAUAUCAGUUGGCUUGCAGAGGCACCAUAAUUUCACCGAAACUUGUGCUGACUUCCGCUUUUUGCUUCAACACAAAUGACUUGAACAAUUCAAUUGCAGCCAAUGAUCCGAUUUUAUACACCAUUCUGCCGUGGAGUAAGUCUAUUGAGAGCUUCGGUCAAUAUGAGCAACUUAAAGGCCGACAUAAUAUUUCUCAAAUUAUUAUAGCUGAAACUAACAUCCAAACAUACACCCCAGCGAUUGUUGUGCUCGUUGAUUACUUUACUAUAAUUCCAACACAAACUAUGCCAAUUUGUUUAAAGUUCCCACUUUCAUGUGACAGUCAGAAAAAUAGGUAUAAUACAGAAGGCCUGCUUGAAGGCACAGCCAUAUUAAACAGCGAGAAUUGUUUUGUCGUCGUUGGUUCAAUGGAGUUUAUAUAUAUGGAUAAGUACCAGCAGUGGCUCGAAAUGAAAAUGAUGCUUCAUAAUUAUCUCUUGUAAUCAUAAUCACUAAGCUGAGUUAGAUAACCGAUGUCAAGUUGGAAACAUAUACGUACUUAUAGAUAAAUAAAUAUAAUAUAUAACAAUUUUAAAUUCCA